AUGGCAAAUAAAAAGGCAACUACAGCAGCACAGCAACAAGAAAAAUAUAUGCACGACAUGAAAAAAAAUCCACAAAUCAUUCAAAUAGCUAAUGGAACAGAGUUUAAAGGUGAAUUUGAAAACUUGAUAAAGCAAAACAACAUUCAAUUAAUCCAUAGCUAUGCCAUAUCAUCCUCAAAGCCAAGGCUGCGUUGAAAGAGCCAAUAA